AUGGGCAUUAGCUUCAUUUCGUUGGUCGUGGUGGCUGUGGUAUCGAUAAUUACUGGUAGUUUUGGAUGUUUCAUCGGAAAGAGGAGUACUACGGAUGACGAUACUACCAAUAUCGAUUAUCCCGAUUAUUCGCCUAAAAACGAGGAUUAUCCGGUAGUGCCAAAAAGGGCGGCUCUAUUAUUUGAUCAAUUAAUGGUAGCUCUACAGAAGGUUGUUGAUAAUCAGGGAAAAGGUUCAGUUGGAAGCAACAAUUUAGUUGGAAGUAAAGGUUCAACUAGAAAUAAAAUUUCAAUUGGAAGUACAGGUAUAAGCAAGCCACCAGCACAUCAUUUCCAAGCCGUCAACUCGGAAAUCAUCCCUAUGGUGGAUGAUCAAACGAUGGAUCUGCAACGACGUGGACUAGCCCAGAGUGAGCUCUUCUGGCGCUGUUACUUCAAUGCCCUCGCAUGCUUUAGGAAGAAGUGAUAAUGACCACACCGCCCUCAGUUCUUCUCAACCCCCAAAGAUCGAAAGAGUGCGCGAAAUUUCGUAUCAUUUCCUCGACUUAGCUGCAACAGCACGACGAGUAGCAGUGCUUUCCUGGCUAGAGUGUCAAGAAAAUCAGUGAAGAAUCAAAAAUGUACAGUAGCACAAA